AUUGUUGACAAACAGAAUACAAUAAUUCUGCAAUAAUUUUCACUUGGGGAAAACCAAAUGCUUCGUGAAACCCUGAAAACUUCUAAUUCUUUAUUCUUACUUUCAGAAGCGUCGUGUGAGCUGUUGUGAGCGUAAUAACUCAUGGUUCGUCAGUACUGUAGAUACAGAGAAGCUGGUACUUGGUGAUGAUGACGUGGUCUAGCUCUAGUGCUGACGACCUCGCCACUUCCUGGUCUCAGCCUACCAAGUGGCUCGACGACAAUAUUAGUGCAGCAAACGACUGGCUGGUGAACGCAAAGAGACCCUGGCGGGAGGUGGUCACAGAGGAGCUGGGGGUUCUGGUAACUAAUAGCACCUUUGACCUGGCCAGAGAGAGCUUGAGUCAGGUCACAGAAAGUGUCAACGUGCUUGUGCUAACCUCUAAUAUCACUUCCGAGGGCGAGGGAGCUUCUAGCAAUCUAAGAGAUGAAGCCCUAGUAGUGUGGGAGAUCGUAACGCUUCUGGCCAUCUUCUUGUUAACAGUUUUAGGUAACGUGGUCGUGCUUUUCAUGCUGCUGGUCCGCCAUAAGAAGCUGACCCGCAUGUGUUACUUCAUACUCAGUCUCUGUUUGUCUGAUCUCAUCACUGCCUUCUUCAACGUUCUGCCACAGAUGGUGUGGGAGGUGACCUACAGGUUCCGUGGAGGAGGCUUCUUGUGUAAGGUGGUUAAGUUCGGACAGCUUCUCGGCCCUUACCUCAACUCCUACCUGCUCGUGAUGACAGCUCUUGACCGGUACCAAGUGAUUUGCUACCCGCUCUCCAACUGUGCAUGGACGCCGCGCAGGUCAAAGAACAUGAUCUGCCUGGCGUGGGUGCUGGCUCUAGGUUCCUGCAUUCCCCAGCUCUUUGUGUUUAGCUAUCAGGAUUUGGGCAACGGCUCGUGGGACUGCUGGGCUUCCUUCAUCCCUCCCUGGGGCCCUAGAGCCUACGUCACUUGGUACGCUCUCUCCGUGUUCAUAGUGCCUCUAAUUUUCCUUAUAUUUGCCUACUCGUGCAUCUGCCGGACGCUGUACGUCAACUUCAAGCACAAGCAGAUGGAUGAUCACACCCAGCGGUGGAGAGAUACACGGCGGCCCAGGCUUCUGGUCCGCUUGCGACCUCAGAGACACCGAACAGAGGGCGAGGUAUCUACCUGCAUCCACGACACGCCGCUUCAAGAGAACAUCGUGCCACUCCUCGACGCUCCGAUGACUCUGUCGACGCCCAUGGUGGCAGACCACAAACCCACCAUGACCAGGACGAACGAGCAGACCUUAAGACCAUUCCGGGGGGCCAACCCUCGUUCACACUCCAUCAGAAGCAUCAGCCGGGCCAAGAUCAAGACAGUGAAGCUCACCAUUACUGUCAUCUUCUGUUAUGUCAGCUGUUCUGCUCCCUUCAUCUCCGUGCAGCUGUGGCAUGUCUGGGACCCCAACGCUUCCUCUAACCCUUUCUAUAACGGUGCAGCCUUCACUAUCCUGACGCUGCUGUCAUCGCUGAACAGCGUGGUCAACCCCUGGAUCUUCUUGGCUUUUAACGAGAACAUGACACAGCUGUUGCGGAGCCUCUGUACUUGCCGCUUUAAUUUCCGCCUCGACCCCAGGCGCUCGCAGACCUUCCGUAGCUCCGACAGCAACAAGAACUUCCGACUGGCGGUGUUCACCACAGCGGAGGGCUCCACAGGUCACCGUACCUCCAUCACCCACAGCCACUACCACAGUACCACUGGCUGAUGGUGCACCAGUGUUCUACCCGCUACCAGAGCACCACUGGCUGAUGGCGCACCAGUGCACCACCCACUACCACACCACCACUGGUUAAUGGUGCCUACCUAGCACCAUUGUACCACCUGACUCCUACUUCGCCAGUCAUCGUAAAUUCUUCCCAGUUAUUCUCUGCCUCUCGUUUUUAAUAUCCCAAAAGUGUCUGUUGUGUGUACGUGUGGGAGGGAGAGAAAAAAAAAGGGAUACAGAAAGUAUGCAGCAGAGGAAUACAGAAACUAAGUGCAGGACAGUCCGUGUGUGUGUAAUCUCGUGUUGUGGGACCCGUGAUGCUGGUUUCAUUCCAGUUCCCAUGCUGUUUACGGCCAAGUGAACCCACGGGGAGCACAGUAUAAACUUACUAUGCAUUAUGUGAAGAGCUAAACUCGUGUGAAUGACUUAGCACAAGGACUGAUGCAGGCUUCACCCUCCGUAUGGAAAAAAAAGUCGUUAGACGGAGGCUCUGCUUGCUCGUACUCAUUAAACCUUGAUAUUGCCUGGGAAUCCUCUCUCUGUCUGGACGAGACUAAAUUUGAUUCUUAGAUAACAUGUGACUGGGUAUAAGCUGUUUAUAUUGAACCCCUGACUGCUCACUUGCAGUCACUCAGCCUGGUAGUGUAGUGACGAUGGAAGAGCAGGUUCAGGAGAGAGAAUACGUUGGGAGAUUAAUCAAGACAUGGUGGCUGGAAGGAGUGAGGGAUGUGAACCUACAUGACGGGGGCUUGAGGGGGAAGAGUCCCUGGCACAGUGCCUGGCACAGUGCCUGGCACAGUCCUUGGCACAGUCCCUGGCACAGUGCCUAGCACACACUGUCCCUCGCUCCUUUCUCACUGCUGCCUCCUGAUACAAGGUCCCACCUCAUACAUAUAUACACAUCUGGAGUGUGUGGGAAGGUCUCUAACAUUGGGCGAAUUGUAUAACAUGUGAUACUGGUUUGUAAAUCUUGUAAAAUUAAACUUGUUGUAAAAUUUGUAGUGCUGGAGGGAUUUUAAACACUAAUAAUACAAGCCACGGACCGGGUGGGACUUAAACCCAUGACAAGCCCUAAAACUCACGGGCCAGUACGUUAACCGCUGGGUCAGCUGGCUCUGAUAAGAUGCAUCCAAUCUGGUAUAUUUCUAUGCACUCGCCAUGGUUUA